GCGCGCGCCCGCGGGCCCCGGGCGCCAUCUUGGGUCCUGAAGCUGGGCCGAGGCUCCCGGAUCGCGGCUGCUCGCCCAGGGCGUCUCAGGCGGCGACGAGGAGGCGCCGAGGCGAAGGACGCAGCCUGCGCGGGACCGAGAAGGGAAGCCUUAGCACCCCCGCCCCCCCGGCCGGCCGGAGCCGCAAAGGAUGAAACGAGGAGGAAGAGAUAGUGACCUUGAUUCACCCGAAGAAGGCCCUGCAGAGGAACCUAAGAAACUGAGGACUGCACACGAGUGUUCUCAACCUUGUGAUUGGGGCAACCUCCUGCAGGACAUUAUCCUCCAAGUUUUUAAGUAUUUGCCUCUUCUUGACCGGGCCCAUGCCUCACAAGUGUGCCGGAACUGGAAUCAGGUAUUUCACAUGCCCGACUUGUGGAGAUGCUUUGAAUUUGAACUGAAUCAGCCAGCUACAUCUUACUUGAAAGCUACACAUCCAGAGCUGAUCAAACAGAUUAUUAAAAGGCAUUCAAACCAUCUACAGUAUGUCAGCUUCAAGGUGGACAGCAGCAAAGAGUCAGCUGAAGCAGCUUGUGAUAUAUUAUCGCAGCUUGUGAACUGCUCUCUAAAAACACUUGGACUUAUUUCAACUGCCCGACCAAGCUUUAUGGAUCUACCAAAGUCUCACUUUAUCUCUGCACUGACAGUUGUGUUUGUAAACUCCAAAUCCCUGUCCUCACUUAAGAUAGAUGACACCCCAGUAGAUGACCCGUCCCUUAAAGUGCUAGUGGCCAACAACAGUGACACACUCAAGCUGCUGAAAAUGAGCAGCUGUCCUCAUGUCUCUCCAGCAGGUAUUCUUUGUGUGGCUGACCAGUGUCAUGGCUUACGAGAACUGGCCCUGAACUACCAUUUGCUAAGUGAUGAGUUGUUGCUUGCACUGUCUUCUGAAAAGCACGUUCGCUUAGAACAUUUGCGCAUUGAUGUUGUCAGUGAGAACCCGGGACAGACGCAUUUUCAUACCAUUCAGAAGAGCAGCUGGGAUGCCUUCAUCAAACACUCGCCCAAAGUGAACUUAGUGAUGUAUUUUUUUUUAUACGAAGAAGAAUUUGACCCAUUCUUUCGUUAUGAAAUACCUGCCACUCAUCUUUACUUUGGGAGAUCAGUAAGCAAAGAUGUGCUUGGCCGUGUGGGCAUGACCUGCCCAAGACUAGUAGAACUGGUAGUCUGUGCCAAUGGGUUACGGCCCCUUGAUGAAGAGUUAAUUCGCAUUGCAGAACGUUGUAAAAAUUUGUCAGCUAUUGGGCUGGGGGAAUGUGAAGUCUCGUGUAGUGCCUUUGUUGAGUUUGUGAAGAUGUGUGGGGGCCGCCUCUCUCAGUUAUCCAUUAUGGAGGAAGUGUUAAUUCCUGACCAAAAGUAUAGUUUGGAGCAGAUUCACUGGGAAGUGUCUAAGCAUCUUGGCAGGGUCUGGUUUCCAGACAUGAUGCCUACUUGGUAAGGUUUGCAUGAUACAGGGCAUGGUGGAUAAACAGCACCUUAAUUUUAAGAAAAUGUACUAUAAUAAAAGUUUAUUUGCUCUA